AUGGACAGAGGUAGCAGCCUCAAUUUAAUCUACACUGAUACGAUCAUAAGGAUGGGCAUCAACUCAUCUUGGGUCAAGCCCAGCAUCACCACCUUUAAAAAUGUGAUACCAGGCGUCGAAGCUCAUUGCAUGGGAACUGUGACACUUGAGGUAGUCUUUGGGUCACCAGAGAACUUGAGGAGCGAGGAAUUAACCUUUGACAUUGUACCCUUUCAUAGAGGAUACCACACACUUCUAGGGUGCACCACAUUGGAUCGCUUGAACGCAGUUCCGCAUUAUGCUUACCUCAAGCUCAAACUGCCAGGACCGGAUGAUGUUAUUACAAUCAAUGGAAACACCCAAUGCUCUCUCCGAACGAAGGAGCAGACAACGGCUUUCGCAGCCGAGGUGCAGGCCUCCGAGGAGGCAACCCGUUUAGGCAAGCGCACCCCAGCUCAUCAAAGCAUACGUGGGUCGUGCCAGCCGACCUUGGACAAGCACUCCUCCACCAUAACUAGGGGUAUGGGAUCCUCGCACGCCUCCCCUUGA